GACUGCUCUGCCGCUCGGCAUAGGCAUUUAAUUGCGAAUUGACCAAUGAGGGCUCCUGUUUUACGUCGAGACGGCGGCGUUAGCGUGAAAAUCACCCGAACCUUUUGUUUACAUCCGAUCUAUCUCUUAUCUGAAUAUACUGUAGUCAGUGGCAUUUUUGUUGAAAAGGACGGUGCAUCUGAAUUCGUAUUUGUCUGUGCACUGGGCUGAUGUUGACUUUUGGUUGGUGACAUUUAUGUCAAGUGAGUGUCAAUCAUUAUCUUUGAAUUGGGGUUGUAUUGUUAUGAAAAUAAUUCAUUUUACAAAACAUACGAUAGUUUAUGAGACCAAUUUAUUCAAACUGGAAAAGCAGAUUAUUCCCAAAAUCUGAUAUGUCAUCACCGGCCCCCAAAUCGCCAGAACAAAAUGAUAAGAGCAAAAAAUACGACCGGCAAUUGAGGCUUUGGGGCGACCACGGCCAAAAAUUAUUAGGAAACGCAAAAGUAUGCUUGAUAAACGCGACUGCUUUGGGUACUGAAGUCCUGAAAAGCUUGGUAUUGCCUGGUAUUGGCUCAUUCACUAUUGUAGAUGGUGAGAAAAUUACUGAAGAGGAUAUUGGCUCUAAUUUCUUUUUAGAGAAUGACAGUGUUGGCCUAUCAAGAGCUCAAGUUGCAACCCAGUGCUUGCUGGAACUGAAUCCUGAUGUAAGGGGUGACUACAUUGAUGAGUCUGCUGAACAUACACUCACUAAUACUCAAGAUUUUUUUAAGAAUUUCACUGUGGUUAUAGCUACUGCCUUAUCUGAAAAGGUGCUUAUUCCCCUGUCAAAACAUCUAUGGGAAUGCAAUGUACCAUUGGUGGUUUGCCGCAGCAUAGGUUUCAUAGGUUACAUACAGCUGCAAGUCAAAGAACAUACUGUUAUUGAAACACAUCCGGAUAAUCAGAAUCCAGAUCUUAGACUUGAUUGUCCAUGGCCUGCUCUUGAAGAAUUCCUAGACAGCAUCAAUGUUGAAGCCCUAGACACCAAAACUCGUAGCCACACACCUGCAGUUGUAAUUCUACAUUAUUUUCUUAAAAAAUACCAAGAAAAAUACCAGUCGUUCCCAAAAACAAGGCAAGAGAAAGAUGCGUUGAAAAAUAUGAUACGUGCUUGCCCAGUGGGGCCCGAUGGUCCGCCGUCUGUUUUAGAAGAGAAUUUCGAAGAAGCUAUCCAUUUGGUCAAUACUUGCAUUUGUAAGACCACAGUGCCGACUCACGCGAGGGAAAUUUUGGAUGACAAAAGGUGUGUGACACCGACGCAGAAUACGGCACCGUUUUGGGUCAUGUGUGCUGCUUUGAGAGAACAUGUGGAGGCAGAGGGAACACUACCUGUAAGAGGCAGUUUACCAGAUAUGGCAGCAGAUACAGCUAGCUAUGUGACAUUGCAACAGAUUUAUCAGAAACAAGCCCUAGCACAAGCUGAAGCAAUUUACAGACGUGCUUCACAGAUCGCCCGUGGCCUGGGUAUGGGACCAGACGCCAUUACGGAAAGUGAGGUCCGUCUAUUCUGCAAACACUCUUCCGAGCUAUAUGUGUCGCGCGGUAACCACUGUAUCGCCGACCCACCGCCUUCAGGUGGUGCCUUCCGCAUGGAUCAAUACGACCCUGAUGGUCCAGCAGCGUACUACCCCGUUCUAAGGGCAUUGGAGAGGUUCGCCGGAGAGUGCGACGCGCCCCCUGGUAGGAGAGAUGAGCGCAUUGAACCUGAUGCGGCGGAGAUGAAGACUGCCGUUGCUAGGUUGCUGACGGAAUGGAAUGUCCAUUUGCAGCAGGGUGUAGCGGACGAGAGGGUUCAUGAGGUGUGCAGAUAUGGGGGCGCUGAGUUACAUUCAGUAUCAGCAACGUUGGGAGGGUGUGCGGCACAUGAGGUGAUCAAACUGAUCACACAUCAGUAUAAACCGAUGAAUAAUGCCUUUUUCUACGAUGCUAUCACUUGUAGCUCAACUACAUUAUGUUUGUAGCAAUUCUGUUUAAUAGAUAAGUAGCAAAUAUUCUUCUAUUUUCAAUAGAUGGUGUAACAACAUUAAAUUUUCUCUGGCAGCUGGAGCACCCUACAGAUAGCCUACCCCCGCAUCGCAGACCAUGUAGAUACUGAAAUACGCUCAUGAUUGUAUAUUCGUUGUGAACUGGAUAUAGUCUGGCGAAAUUAACCUUGCAAGUUUAUUUGGCGAUCAUCACGAACGAAAGCAGUUUGGGUCGUUGGGUCUUUUUAAGAUAAGAACAUAUUAAAUAUAUUGCAGAAAAAAAUUUUAGCAUCCAUCGCCACUAGAUGCCACGUCAGGGAGCUGCCAAUAGGUUAGUUUGGCUACGGAUGUUGGACUCAGCACCAGGGCGUCCCGGCGAGAGGGGGUUCUAAUUGUUUAGGCCAGUGACAACUUGACCCCCAGUCGUCGUUUCUGUGAUCUUGAUAGAGAAACUUGAGAGAUCCAAGCCUUGACCAUGCUGAGGAGUCAAAAAGCACCAAACAGCUGCCCAUGGUUGGCUGUCUUUGGUCAGACGGACGAAAGCAGAGAAAGUUUACAAAGACUGCCAUAUAUUCAGACACAAUUACUUGAAACUGGCUGAGUGGACAUUGCUAUCAGGAUAAUUCAAUUCAAAUAUUUGGGAACCUAGAUAAAAUCUGACGGUUCAACAAAAAAAGGUAUACAAAGCAGGAUUGUUCGGGG